ACAGGUUACGGUGAAUGCUGGACGUGAACGCAUACAUAUAUUAUCACGACGUUACCGAGGCUGUGUUAGGUAAUUCGAACUCUUCGAUUAUUUUUGUUCAACGUGCACGGAAUUUUUUUCGCCUCCGAACGAACCGUGCGAUGUGCGCGCGUAAAGAAUGCGGCGCAGACAAGAAAGGAAAAAGACAACGGUUAACGACCAUGGUUGAUAGGUGAUUAGCGAGGAAAUCGUUGUAAAACGCAAUAUAGAAAACCCGUCCGGAGAUUAAGACGUGGAGCGUUUAACAGCGGCGUAAAGGGCCGAAACACAAUAGGUUGGACGCGGUGUACGGGGCCGGCGGGUGCGGUGCGCAGUAGUGUUUCGGAAGGCUUCAACAUCAUCGAACACAUAUCGGUUCCGUCACGACGGAAGUAAUUAUACGGCACGCACGCAGGAUCUCCGCGUCUUUCUCAUUACUCGUUCGUCGCAGGAAUAGAAAAUGUACGUACGCGCAUGUGUUUACUUUUUUUUUUUUUAAUUCAUACGUUUAUUCCACCUUCCGCAUUCAAUAUUAUAAUAACAGCAGCAACAACAACAACAACAACAAUAACGAAGUAUGAACGUACGGACGGUUUUCGUAAACACAAUAUUAUGUUUACGUCGCGCGUAGAUUUUCACUCGCCAGAACCGGUAUCCCUACCCCCGCGUGCACAUCGGGAAAAUCUUCGAAACGGCGCGCGGCGUGUCCUUCGUGUCCGGUCCGUGUGCCGCAGUCGCGCCGUCGACAUGCAGUCCUGCAGUGCCGUCCGCCGACAGUAAAACGACACCGAAACAGUUCCUCGUCCAGCGAACGCCGCCGCGUACAAACAUCGUUCUUGCGACCGUCGCAUUUCCCGCCCGUACGGUUUCCGCGUGCGCGCGCCCGCGCAUAUUACGUACGUGUACUUGCGACGCGGAUCGAGAAAAGCGUUGACAGUCGAAUAGAGCGGAUCGGGGUUUCCACGUUUUACGUUUAUAUUUGUUCAUCUUCCGUUUCUCGUUGUUUUCCCACGUCGAAACUCUCGUCCCGUCCAAAUGAAUAAUGGCCAACACCGCGUCGUCGGCCAUGUGUAAUCGCGGGCCCGUGUCGCUGUUACCGUUGCUCGCGCUGCUCACCGUUUCCGCGCUGCUGUCGGCUCUCCUCUGUCCGACGCCCGUUGCCGCCGUCCCGGAAUCCCGCCAUGUCCGGCACAAGAGGACGGUGUCCGAGCUCGUCGAAGGCCUCAUGAACGCCAUGUACUUCCACGUGGAUCCGUUGCCUUUGCCGUCCACUGUUAUAACUCGGAUCACUCACGUUCCAGCCGCCAAGGUUUACAAGUAUGUUCCGGUACAAAAGUUAAAGUUUUCAAAAUUACGUGCACGUCAAAUAGCUGAACCAAAAUUAAAACUAAAAUAUCCUAAAAAAAUCUCAAUUAAAACCGAAGACUCAUCAUUGACUGUAGUGAAAAAUGAUCUUCCAUGGACGUUACAUCCAUUGCCACCACCCUUGCCAACAGCGAAAACGAUUAGGCUUGAGGUGGACAAAUCAAUGCCAUGGGCUUUACACCCACUUCCUCCACCCGUGAAAACGAAAAAUUAUUCUGACUACUAUUGGCCCGACUCGAAGACACGACCGAAGUACUAUCACAGAUUUAAACCACCAAAAACUCGUCAAAAUAAUUUUAUCAAGAAUAAUAAUAACUAUAAAGUCGUAUAUUCCAAACCCGCUACCAAUUUUAAACCGUCCGAUCACAAGCCUACUGAAUACAAUGCCGUUGAUCAUCAACCCGACGACCACAAUGAUGUUGAGUACAAACCUGCCGAUUACAAACCUGAUAACUAUAAGGAUGAUGAGUUCAACCCGGUUGAUUACAAGCACGUCGAGUACACGCCUGUUGACUUCAAGCAAAUUGAGUAUAAACACGUUGAUUACAAACAUGUUGAUUACAAGUCUCCGGAUUACAAGACUGAUUAUCCGAAGAACAACGACGAAGAACACGGGGGUGACGACCCUCAAAAUGUAUAUCAUCAUUCUUAUACCCAGGAUGAACAUUCGUCUCAAAUAAACAAUUUUCCAUCGCCGUCGUCGCAUUCGCCUCCCACUGAAUAUGUGUCACACAUAACGAUCGAGCCUUCCAUUCAAAUUGCAUCGUUUUCAGAGACGGAAAUGCAAGGUGAUGGUUCUAACAGGGAAACCAUAUCCCAAGGCGAUACAAAACAAAAGUGCCAGUGCACAAUAAACGGACAUCGACAUAAACGAAACGUGAACAAGAUAAACGACACUACUGCAACCGCUAAUACUACAUCCAUGGUGCAAAUAAAAGAUUUGGACGUGGGACGAUCUUCGUGGAAUUCAUACGUCACUCCCAGAUCUGGACACGCUUCCGAAGUACAAAUAUUAAAGUCUCAUGAUAUCACCGACCAGUCGAUGAUCAAUAAUCCGAUCGGAUACGUACAGCAAGUGCGCGCCAUAAACGUUGCAGAUGCUCAGCAUUUACCUGAAACGCAUAACGGAGAUGAGAAAAAACUCGACUCAAAUUUUAGAGACGAAAGUGAUAAAUUCAAAGUGGAUUUUGGUCGCGAAGUCAAAGCUCGAGACGAAUUAAAGUCGGCAGACAGUACAGGCCGAUUUUUACAAUCAAAUCCUAACGACUAUAGAGAUAGUAGAAGUAGUCUUGUUGGCAAUGUUGGCGGAGAAGGCAGAUAUAGUGGAUUUAAUAUCGACGACUACAAAAGUCGAUUGACUAGAAAACCAAAUCAGGAGAAAAGUAUUCAUAUUACUAAAAGUAAAGUGGAGAAUACAGACCGAGGUGUGUCGUUCAGCGUGCAAACUCCUUUCUCUGUUUCUAGUUUUUCGUCAAAAAUCCGGCAUCCGAUGACGGAUGAACGGCCGUCUCAGUUCCGAUUCACUGAGCUAAAAACAACAUCGUCACCGUUAUUCUCAUCGUUUAAAUCUGAGUACGCAAAACCGCUAGAUUUUGAACACUUCGGCUUAAAAUCCGUUUUAAUCGAUGAUAAACCACCGACUUCAGAACGUUUAACCACUCAUUUUUCACGAGGAUUUAACGACAAUCCGUCUGAAACAAUAGGUCAACGAACAUCGCACUAUUUGGAGGGAUUCGGCAGAGACAAAUCAUCAUACCUUCCAAAUCAGCAGGCUUCGCUUUUUUCACGAGAUUUCGGUGAUGACGAUCGAAGUAGUUUUAAAAUAUCUAAACCGUUUCGUUAUCAUACGAAAUCGUCAACGUCAGAUCUGUUCAAUAGUCAAUUGAGAGGCGUACGUCCAUCCGAAGAAUCAGUUUUAGAAUACUUCCAACCGAUUGUAAUAGAUUUUGAAAAAAUAUCAAAAGACAAAGAAGAUAACAAUUUCAAAUUAUUUGGAAAAAAUAACGAAGACAAUGAAAAUUCACGAUACUUUGGUAAAUCAGAAUCAACAGGUAUAUCGAAAUUUAAAAAAAAUCAAAACUUAGACCCACUCCGUCUACCCGGGCGCUUACAUGAAUCCAAUGAAAACUUGUCCAGGAAAAUGAUUUUUCAUCCAUCCAUGUUUGACAUAGAUAAAUGAACAGCUAUGUUUGCAAGUGAAAUCAUUAUUUGACUUAUCUGCUUAUAAUGCUUUUAAUUGACUGUAAAAAUUACUGACAAAAGUUCUUAAGUACUUUCAAAUACAAUUUACAUUUAAUAUAGUAUACAUUUAAUGUAUCAUUGCUAAACAAUUUUUUUUCUAUUAUGCACAUAUUUAGAGUUA